AUGAAGGUCUCCGGCGAGAACAACGGCCACCUUCCCUCUCCCACCGACGCCCGCCAUAAACUGGAACGCCGACGGCGGCGACGCAAGCUCUGCUGCCUUAUCUGCCUCCUUAUCCUCGCCCUCCUCAUCAUCGCCGCCGUCGUCCUCGCCCUCACCGUCUUCAAGGUCCGCGACCCGACGAUGGAGCUCGUCUCCACCACCGUCUCGGGGGUCUCCCCCAACAUCAGCCUGUCCUCCCUUCGCGUGGAGCUCAACAUCACCCUCGACCUGGCGGUGCGCGUCCGCAACCGCAACUACGCGUCCUUCGCCCACGCAUCCGGCGGCCACACUCGCCUCCUCUACCGCGAGGCCGAGGUCGGGAAGGCCAGGGUGGAGCCCGGGCGGAUCCCGGCGCGGGGAACCGAGCUCCUCCGCCUUGCUCUGGAGGUGGAGGUGGACCAGCUCGCGACGGAUCUAGGCAGCCUACUGGCGGACGCCGCCUCGGGGGCGGUGGCGUUCGAUGCGGAGACAAGGAUGCCGGGUCGGGUCACCUUGCUGGGCUUCAUAAAGCACCACGCGGUGGCCACGUCCGACUGCCACGUGGUCAUCGGCGUCCCCGACCUCAGCGUGCAGAGCCAGGAGUGCGCCAUGAAGACGAAGCUUUAA